AGAAAAGUUUAUGGCGAUGAUAUACCAAGUACAAUAAAAAUGCUUGGAUAUGAAUGUUAUUCGCGUUCAAAUUUUAAAAAAUUUUCAUUGCCUAACAUAAUCACCUCACUCUAUGAGGGCUGUUUUUACUACUGUGAAUCUUUAUCUGUAAUAACACUUCCAAGCAAUUUGAGAGAAAUAGGAAACAAAUGUUUUGGUAACUGUUUUGCAUUGAAGGUACUUGACCUUCCAAUAACAGUUACAACAAUUGGGUGUUGUUUUGUUGACAACUGUUACAGUCUUACGUCAAUAAGUGUGCCAGAAACACUCACUUUAUUGCCACAAUAUUGUUUCCAUGGAUGUAGCAAAUUAAGUGGAUUUUCGUUUCCUGACCAUUUGAAGUCGAUUGGCGAUUUUUGUUUCCAAGAUUGUUCAUCGUUAAAAUCAAUUGUAAUACCCGAUUGUGAGUGUUUUAUAGGCGAAAAGGUAUUUGAUCAUUGCAUCAAAUUGACUUCAUGUAAUAUUGAUGGAAAAAUUAACAGUAUAUAUGAUUUGUGUUUUAAUUGUUGUUCUUGUCUUGUCUCAGUUGAUAUUCCAAACACUGUUACCAACAUCGGAAAGUCUUGUUUUCGCGAGUGUCACAUGUUAAAGAAUAUAACUCUUCCUCAUCAAUUGCAAGCAAUACCCCAUCAAUGUUUCUUCAAUUGUUUUGAAUUAGAAAAAUUUGUUAUACCCAAGAACGUCAGUGCAUUGGGGUCUUGCGCUUUUAGUCGAUGUAUCAAAAUACAAACUAUUGUAAUACCAAGUCGUGUAAAGUCGAUUGGACACAACUGCUUUAAUGGGUGUCAAUCUCUGGAAAUCACUAUUCCAAGCACAGUCACAUUCACUGAUAAGUAUUGUUUUAAAAAGUGUAAAAAAAUAACCAAAGAAAAUGAAAAUAAAUAA